UYUUAUCGUGAUAGAGUCUGCAGAGGCUGCAGGUCCCGGGGUGAAGCUAGAGAGGUCUGAAGGAGAGGAGGACCCACGGCACAGGAGAGACAGCCAGACUGAUGUCGAGGACCCUACCACCGCCGCAGCGCAGCCCAGGACCCGACGCAGCACCACGGAGGUCAGUGGAACGCUGAACGCCGUCCUCAAGUCAAAGACAYACAACAAGACUUUAACUGUAACUCACAGUCUCUUACAUACAGGACCUGACCAMAUAUCAGACCCAGGUCUGGGGAGACUGGGCUGUCCURCUMCUCCCGGCUCAGACUAUUUACCGGUAUUUCACCAGAGCCAGAGGCCUGUUCAUUCCCGUGGGGAUGGAGACACGUUAGAUACUGGUGGUGAUGAUCCUGCUUGUUCUUACACUACAGAGYACCCAGAGGACCUCAACAUGCCCUUGGGUUUAGAGACACAGACAGAUCUGUCUAUAGGGGACUGGAACCAGUACAGUYGUAGUGUAUACUCUGAAGGGUACUUAGAUAAGAAAGGGGAGGGGCUGGUCAUAGAUGAAGUGACUGUGAAAUUGGAGGGUGACCUUCCUCCCACAUGGAAUGCAGAUCACCUAAGAGAAGGACACUCGCAGGGCAGAGAUUUCUUAGACUACAGGGAAAGCUUAGAGACAAAUCCAAAUGUUGCGACCUACUCCCCUUUACACACGCUCAGAGAGCGRAACCCUGUGUCCACGUCGAUGGGGUCUAUUGAUUCACACGGRCACAUCCUUUUCGAUCAGGUAUUGAACUCAAACAGGGAUAAAACCCAGGCAUGGGGAGGGGGAGCAACAUCAGGCAAUAGUAAAGAGAAACGGUUCCUCUGCAUGUUCUGUAACAAAGGCUUCAGCUGCCCCCAGAAGGUGGAGAUCCACCAGAGGGUCCACACAGGAGAGAAACCAUUCAGCUGCACCCAGUGCCACAUGCGRUUCACUGAGGCUGGCACCCUGAAGCGGCACCAGAGGGUCCACACAGGGGAGAAACCUUACAGCUGCCCCCAGUGUGAGAAGAGGUUCUCCCGCCAGGACAAACUGAAGAUGCACCUGAAGGUCCACACGGGAGAGAGGCCGUUCGCCUGUACGCACUGCGGGAAGAGGUUCUCAGAGAGGAGCUACCUCAGAAUACAUCAGGAAAAAACCCAUUCCACUCUAUAACAUAGAAAGUAACUAUUKCAUUUGAUAGCUUCUGACUUUUAGAUCAAAGCCGCAUUAAAGGUAGACUUUCAAUUUCCGCAACAACUAAGAGCGUUGGAAGUGCAAGGCCCAGACAUUGGAAUAUACACUGAGUGUACAAAACAUUAGGAACACAUGACAUGGACUGACCAGGUGAAAGCUAUGGUCCCUUAUUG